AUGGACUCUCAGCCCACCGCGGACGGGAGCAACGAUGAAAUAGUAGGCGAGAUUGCCGACCUAGAGCGUCGUCUGGCGGCGGCCAAGGCGAAGCUGGCCAGGCCGACAACCAUUGACAGUACCGCCAAUCCCCCCGCUGCUCGUGUCGCUGCGGGGAAAUCCCCACCACCACCCAUCCCCAACACCAGCAGCAGCGCAACGCACUUCCUGCUGCUUCUGGCCGACUCGGCGCUCCCGCUAGGCUCGUUCGCCUUCAGCAGCGGGCUGGAGUCGUACCUCGCGCACAGCAAAGCAUUCCUGGCACCCCUACCCAGAAACAGCAACAGCAGCAAUGGGUCAUUCGCAGCGUUCCUGCCCGUGUCAGUAUCGUCGUACGCGUCGACGACGCUGCCGUUUGUGCUGGCCGCGCAUCGGGACGCCUCUAGCUUUGCCUUUGUGUCUGGCAGUAGUCCCCGGCUGGCGCGGCUAGCGGCGCUCGACGACGCGCUCGACGCGGCCAUCGUGUGCACGGUGGGGCGGCGGGCGUCGGUGGCGCAGGGGCGGGCGCUGCUGUCCAUCUGGGAGCGGUCGUUUGUGGGGACGGCGCCGGCGGCGGGCGCGGCCGAGGCGCUGAAGCCGUUUGUGGCGCUGCUCAAGUCGUCGUCGUCGUCGUCGUCAAGCUCGUCUUCUUUAGGGACAGACCUGCCGCCACCCGUGUCGGCGCACCUGGCGCCUCUGUUCGGGGCGAUUUGCCAGCUCGUCGGGCUGAGCCUGGAGCAGACGGCCUACGUGUUCAUGCUGGGCCACAUCAAGGCGCUGGUGUCGGCGGCGGUGCGCGCGGGCAUGUUCGGGCCGUACCAGGCGCAGAAGACGCUAGCCGGCGGGACGGUGCAGGGGCUCAUCGCCGCCAUGAUCGAGCGCGAGUGGGACACGCCCGUCGAGAUGGCCGGCCAGCGUGUGCCCGUCAUGGACCUCUGGUUUGGGAGGCACGAGGUCUUGUACUCUAGAAUAUUCAAUAGCUGA